CUGGCGCCUCAGCAGACACAGACCCACAGUCAACAGUCACAGGCACAGGCUCUCUCUAUCUCUAACACACACGUACGCUCUCGCGCUCUCACAGGCAGGAUGGUGCUCAUUUGGACUCAGUUUGGCGUCAAGCACAAGAACGUGAAGUGCAAAGUGCGGGUGAUCCACAGCGAGGACAGUUGGAGUUCUGAGGAGACGGCAGAGGAAUGUGAGGUGCCGGUUCAGUCGGUGACUCAAGUGAAAGACUACUACUCUGUGCUCGGCGUGACGCCAGAGUCCAACGAGGAUGAGAUCCGGCGUGCAUACCACAAGCUCGCUCUGCGCUACCAUCCCGACAAGAACUCGGAGGAGGAUGCAGAGGAGAAGUUUAAGGAGAUCGCCGAGGCAUACGAUGUCCUAACAGACUCACAGAAGCGCAACCUCUAUGACAGGCGGGAUAUGAAGAGGCCUGCAUCCAAAGGAGACUCCUCUCCACCAGCGAAGGCCCACUCCUCUGCUCGCUUCUUCAACAUCGACAUCGACGCCGGUGACUUCAGUGACCUCUUCAACCCUUUCCUGCACAGGCAGGGGGGUCAGCACGGACCCAACCCCUCCGCCGCCACAGGGGCCACCGGGGCCACCGGGGCCUCUGGUACGUGUAGCAGCAAGGUGUGCGAGCUGGAGGUCUCGCUGGAGGAGCUGCUGACCGGCGUGACCAAGCACGUGCGCCUGUCCGGCAGCGGUGGCAGUGGUGGGCACUCUCAGGAGCACGUGAUGAAUGUGGAGGUGAAGAAGGGCUGGCGGGAGGGCACGCGGAUCACCUUCCCCGGUGCCGGGCUCAAGGCGGGCAGCGGGCACGCCACGCAAGACAUCGUGUUCGUGGUGAAGGAGAAGAAGCACUCACACUUCCGGCGUGAGGGCUCCAACCUGGUGUUCACCGCCCAGAUCACCCUGCGGGAGGCUCUCUGUGGAUGCACUGUUACCGUGCCAACUCUGGAUGGAGGAAAGAAGCCACUCCCAUGCAGUGAUAUCAUAAAGCCUGGCUCCACUCGCCGCCUGAUCGGGGAGGGGCUUCCACGGUCCAAAUGCCCCAUGCAGCGAGGAGAUCUAUUGGUGAAAUUCGAGGUGCUGUUCCCUGAUAGGAUCCCCCCGCCCAGCAAAGAGAUCAUCAGGCACAGCCUAGGACAGUGUUAACGGACAGAGGCACACACACUCACACGCACAGGGACACGUGCGUACGUGUGAAGCAUGGGACUACUUUUGAACCGAGACUGAGGCAGAGUGUCUGCUCCUUCUCUCGACGACAGAAUGAACUGUCUUUCUGUCACACACUCAGACAGACACACACACACACACAGAAACACACACACACACACAUUAACUGAUGAAAGGUGCUACUCUACAGAGAUAGAUUGUGUGCAGCCUUUUAUUUUGGUGACCAGGUGUGUUCCAGAUUUAGAACGUCUAAAUCAACGCACGUCAACCAGCCAGUUAGGCUUAUUUUUGGUUGACGAGGCUCAAGUUGAGCGCUUGGUUCUUGGUGGUUUUUCUCUUGAAGUCAUUCAAGCGACAUUUGUUUGGUCCUGAACAAACAGGAAUGCUCGGCGGGUGUACACUUGUACAUGUGUGCACGUGCUCUAUUCUCUAUGAGAGAAGCCCAGUGUCAUGUUUCACUGAACUAUAUGUACGUUUAUUUAAACAACCACUGCAUGUGGCAUGUGGGACAAGAUGACAAUAUGUAUGUUUUAUAUUGAAUAUAAUAAAGGUUUUAAAAAACGA